CCCUCCUGUGUGGUGGCUUUCCCGACCAAAGAUCCUUGGACGUGAACAGUUUCGCUGAAGAGCACUUUUCUCCCUCCCCCCUCCCCUCACAAACAACCAGACGGACAGUCGAGGCGUCAGUUUUUCUAUAUCGACCUGAGAGAAAGGAGUUAAGGUGUCGGAUAAGGUCUCCCCAAAUCUCUGUCAGCGAUGGAGACUUGGGCUGGCUUCUGCCCAGGUUUGCACUUAUCUCUGGGUAUCUGGCUGGUGGUAGCCGCUCAUACCCUCCAAAAUACCAAGGCGGAGAUAACUUGCGCAUCUUGCCCGUCGCCAGUUCAACUUCACCUGGAGGUAUUACAGCUGGGGACGCGCACUAAAGCGACACAGGAACCGGGCACCCUACAAAACAUCCGAGUAGAGUUUAGGGAACUCGGGUUUACCGACCAAAAUACUGGAGUGGACGACGACCAUGAGACAGGGGAGGAUGUCCCCCAGUUCCUUCAAGAUGCCAGUUUGGAUGGAGUUAGCUCAAAGGAUGAUGCACCAGGGUCCAGCGAAGAAAGUCAGCGCGGCGGAGAUAAGGCAGGGGGACCCGACAUGGGUGAGGAUGCUGCGCUCCGGAGAGCGAGGAGAAGCGGUCCUGAGUUUGCCGAGUUCAGCGAGAGCGGGUGGACCGGUCGGAGCGGCGUGGGUGCGGGCGCCCCGGAGGAUCGGGGCUCGUUGUUAGACGGACACAAGCAGGGCAGGUCCGAGUUCAGAUGGAACAGGGACGAAGGGAGAGGGAAUAACCGGCAGGAUGAGCCCAAGCUGACCAGCAGCACUUUCGCUCUGACGGGAGACUCUGCGCAUAACCACGCGGUGGUCUACUGGUCAGGACAAAACAGCAGCGUGAUCCUGAUUCUAACCAAGCUGUACGACUUUCAUAUUGGCAGCGUCACCGAGAGCACUCUUUGGAGAUCAACUGACUACGGCUCCACAUACGAGAGAAUGAAUGACAAAGUCGGAUCCAAGACUGUCCUGAGUUAUCUGUACGUCUGUCCCACUAACAAGAGAAAGAUUAUGGUGUUGACAGAUCCGGAGUUUGAGAGCAGCGUGCUCAUCAGCUCUGAUGAGGGAGCCAGUUACCAGAAGUACCGGCUCACUUUCUACGUGCUGAGCCUUCUAUUCCACCCCACUGAAGAGGACUGGGCUUUAGCCUACAGCCACGACCAGAAGUUGUACAGCUCAGUGGACUUUGGAAGAAAAUGGCAGCUCAUCCACGAGCGCGUCACGCCAAACCGAUUUUACUGGUCUGUCUCGGGCCUAGACAAGGAGCCAGAUCUGGUCCACAUGGAGGCUCAUACACCAGAUGGAAAUGUGCAGUAUGUCACAUGCAGAGCUCAGAUGUGCACAGAAGCUAACAGGAACUACCCAUUCCCUGGAUACAUUGACAUCAGCUCCUUGGUGGUUCAAGAUGACUACAUAUUCAUACAGGUUCCCACAUCAGGACGAGCCACCUAUUAUGUGUCAUACAAGAGAGACUCGUUCAUACAAACCAAACUGCCCAAAUAUUCCCUGCCGAAGGAUUUACACAUUGUCAGCACUGAUGAGAAGCAGGUAUUUGCGGCGGUGCAGGAGUGGAACCAGAACGACACCUAUAACCUCUACCUGUCCGACACCAGGGGGGUCUACUUCACCUUGGCCAUGGAAAAUGUCAAGACAACUAGGGGCAUUGGAGGAAACCAGAUGCUGGACUUGUACGAGGUGGCAGGAAUUAAAGGCAUGUUGAUCGCUAAUAAAAGGCAAGACAACCAGGUGAAGACGUACAUCACCUACAACAAAGGCCGGGACUGGCGGCUCCUGCAGGCUCCAGCGUCGGACCUGGAUGGAAACGACAUUCACUGCAUACUGCCUUUCUGUUCACUUCAUCUCCAGCUGCAAAUGUCAGAGAACCCGUAUUUGUCAGGAACAAUCUCCACCAAGAGCUCUGCACCGGGGAUAAUAGUCGCCACAGGAAACAUCGGAGCAGAGCUGUCUUACAACAACGUUGGCAUGUUCAUAUCAUCUGACGCCGGCAAUAGCUGGAGACAGAUCUUUGAAGAGGAGCACAAUAUGUGGUUUCUGGACAAAGGAGGAGCCCUCGUCGCCGUCAAACAGCCUUCAGUGCCGACCAGGCACUUAUGGGUCAGCUUUGACGAGGGGAGGCAGUGGACCCAGCACAGCUUCUCCUCCGUGCCUCUGUUCGUGGAUGGAGUCUUGGUGGAGGCUGGGACUGAAAACCAAAUCAUGACCUUUUUUGGACACUUCAGCCACCGCUCUGAAUGGCAGCUCAUCAAGAUAGACUACAAGUCCAUCUAUAGCAGGAACUGCACAGAAGAAGACUAUCAAACCUGGCACCUGCACAACCAGGGUGAGCCGUGUGUGAUGGGCCAAAAACAAAUUUACAUGAAGCGCAGGCCUGGGAACUACUGCAUGCUGGGAAAGGACUACUCCAGAAUCCUCUCAGCUGAGUCCUGCAUUUGCAGAGCUCAUGAUUUUGAAUGCGAUUAUGGAUAUGAGCGGCGUGGCGAUGGGAACUGUCGGCCUUCCUUCUGGUUCAAUCCAUCCACCGUGUCCAGAAGCUGCAGUCAGGGUCAAAACUACCUCAACAGCACAGGGUACCGUAAAGUGGUGUUGAACAACUGCACUAAGGGAGUUAAAGAAAUGUACACGGCCAGAAAACAGCAGUGCCCCAACAGACCUCCAAAAGGACUCCUGCUGACCACCAAAGAUGGCAAACUCACCGCCAACAUGGGCAACAACGUGACCUUUCUGGUGCAUCUGGAUGAGGGUGACUCUAUGCGGACCAACAUCCAGCUGGAUUUCGGUGAUGGCACAGCCGUAUCCUACUCUAACCUGAGCUGGACCGAGGAAGGGAUCAAACACGUCUACAAGUCUGCAGGAAUCUUCCGUGUGACAGCGCUGGCAGAAAACAUGUUGGGUUAUGAUUCCACAACGCUCUUCCUUCAUGUCACGUGUCCAGUGGAGCAUGUCCAGCUUCUCACCCCCUUCGUGGUCAUAAGGAACAAGGAGGUGAACAUCACAGCCGUGGUCUUACCCAGCCACUCACGUACUGUCACUUACUUCUGGUGGCUAGGCAACAAUACUGAGCCGGUGAUAACGCUGGAUGGGAGUAUCUCUUACACCUUCCCCACUGAAGGAAUGCACACCAUCACUGUCCAAGUGGCUGCAGCCAACACCAUACUGCAGGAUACCAAGACCAUAGCAGUUAAAGAAUUCUUCAAAUCUCUACUUUUAUCUUUCUCCCCUAAUCUGGACGAGUUCAACCCCGACAUCCCCGAGUGGAGACAGGAUGUGGGGAGAGUAAUUAAGAAGGCUCUGCUCCAAGUGUCUGACUUCCCAGAGGAGCAGCUCUUGGUAGCCGUGUUCCCCGGAGUUCCAACAGCUGCCGAGCUCUUCCUGUUGCCUCACAAGAACCAAUCAGAGGGCAGGAAAAAGAGCGAGGAGGAGCUAGAGCAGGUGUCCGAUGUGAUUGUAAGCGCGCUGAACCAAAAUUUGGUGGAGUUCGAGCUCAAGCCUGGUGUAAGGGUGAUAGUGUACAACACACAGUUGACGCUGGCACCUUUGGUGGACUCCAACCCCAGACACAGCAGCUCAGCCAUGCUAAUGCUCCUAUCAGUGGUGUUCCUAGGCCUAGCAGUGUUCCUCAUCUACAAAUUCAAGAGAAAAAUACCUUGGAUCAACAUAUACGCCGAGGUGAACCAGGAAAAAGAGCAAGAGAUGAUCGGUUCAGUGGGCCAGGGCGACAGCACGCCUAAAAUCACUCUGAGUGAGUUCUCCACAUCCAAAGAACUCAUGGAGAAGGAACUGGAUGCCAGGGUCAAAAGGGGAGUUGGAAAUGCCUGCGAGAGCACAAGGGAGAUUCCAAACUGUACUAGCGUGUAAAGCCGGAGAGUUUAUGUACAGAGCAAAGUAUUACAAUGUCGGGGGUUCUCUUUUUCUGUUUUGUAAUUCUCAACACAACUGAUGUUAAUAGUUUUCUAAGGGACCUCAUUUAUACAGACUUGCACGGAUGCCUCGUUCAGCAACAUCCAUGCAGCAAAAUGUCAAUUUACUCAAUGAGAUCAUUGUAAUUACUGGCAAAACUUAUCCGUUUUGUGGAUGUAUAAGCUACAUAACAACAUUCAUUAGCAGAGUGAAAUAUCUUUCGUCAAAACAUAUGAAAAGUUCUAUAAAUUUCCUAAGGAGUUUGCUUUGAAAAUCAUUUCUGCCUAUAUAUAGACUAUAAUGUCUGAGUCUUCAAUCAAACAGGGAAUAUUAUUGAAAUGUACAAUAUUAUCAUCUGUUCUGUUCAAUGUAUAUAUUAUUACUUUCUACAUGCUCGUAGUCUGAGUACCAUGGCGACGACAAAAGAUCUGACAAUGGUCUGUUUUUGAAAGUGUGUUUAAAAAGUCAAACAUUACUUAAAGAAAUCAACUUUGUUUUGCUUAGGUCCUUGACUUGUGCAUGUUCUUAUUGAGGACACGAUUUCUGUGUUGUAGAUAAGCAAGUGUUGUAAAUAGUUCUUUUCUAAUCGUUCAUCAAAAAAAAGCCCAGUCGAUUUUGCCCAGCCUUCUGUUUUGCUCUCAUUUCCUUCAGUUCCCGUCGGGCGAUAUGUAUCUAGUAGAAAGGGUUUAUCUGUUAAUGCAGGUAGAACAGUAUCGGUAUAUUACAGAUUUAACUUCCCUCCAUUUCCCUGGAAAUGAAAUGAAAAAGGAUCAACAUGAUCAUGUUCAAUAUAUUUAUAUUUUCAUUACACAUAUACAAUAGAUAUUAGGUCAUUUUUACAUAGAUGACAGUCUUUAAACCAUUGGAAACUACUGGAACCAAACAUUGUUUGCCACUGGCAUCACUGCAUUACAUUCAGCCUCUGAGAUAACGUCUCUGACAGUUCUGAUUUGGCCUCAGAACAAAAGCUGAAUCAGGUAUUAUGAAUUGUUCUUAUAUUGUGGCUACCAGUGAUCAAAUUCACAUGUUUAUCAGUCAUGGGUACAUCUUCUAAAAUAGCAGUAAGCCUAGAGUUGGGUUCUGAUAGCUCAUAGCCAAAUUUGCUUAGACCUUUUUAUCCUUCAUUCCACAUUGUAGCCAGACAGCAGCGUGGCUCUAUGGAUGGCAAUGUCAGUCAACACUAUUAAAAUAUCUCUACAACUAUUAGAUGGAUUGAUAUGACAUGCACACAGUUUGGUUCAGACAUUUAUGUUCCCUGCGGGAUAAGUUGUAAAAACUUAAGUGACCUUUUAACCUCCAAUCUUGAGCUGGUUUUCACCAGUAGAAGUGACAAACACCAGGCUGCAGAUUAAAUCUGCUGUAACUUAAUUACGUUAAUUCAAGAAGUAACUUGAUAGCCGAAAUGUUAAUAAGUUCUCUGCAAACCAGUGUCUGUACUCCUAGUUCUGUGAGGCUACAGUUCUUUGAACUAAAUGCUAACACUAGCAUGCUAACAUGCUUGUAGUGACAAUGUGAAAUCCUGAUGUUUAGUCGGUAUAAUGUUAACUGUGUUCAUCUUAUUUUAGCGUGUUGACACAUACAAAUUUGCUGAUUAGCACUAAUUAGCUCAAAAUGAAUAGCAGCUGAGGCUGAUGGGAACGUCAUUAGUUAUGUAUUAUAACUAUAUUAGUUAGAUACUUGAACACAAACCCACAAACCAAAGUACAUGGACAAAUGAAAGGAUGGAAAAUUUGAAAGGUAAAAAGGUUCAUCCUCAGGGGAACAUGAAUGUUUGUGAGAGUAAAGAAACAUCAGCCAUCUGGCUGAUCACAUCAAGUCACUUUAAGGAGUGAUAACCUUUCAAGUUAAUAUCAAAUAUCACGGUAUACACUUUAUUAUUAUUAUUAUUAUUAUUAUUAUUGUUGUUAAUAUUAUUAUUAUUAUUAAUAUAAUCAGUUACAGGGACCCUUAAAGCAAUGAAAACUUUUCACUUUUCACAAAAUAGUAUGUCCUGUAUUUCUGUUAAUAACACUAAUAGAGUAGAUAACCAAAUGUACAUGGAAUGAUGACCGUCAGUUUUCUUACCGUUGUGUAACGUAAAACAGAACAUUGCUGUAAUCCGACCGACCAGAUGAACUUGCAUGCAUAUCAUAUCUAUAUUUUAUGCUAGUUAUUAACAAUUAGGAUUAGUAUUUGGACCAAGUAGCUUGUAAAAAGUCUGGAGGGAAAGUAGGGUACACCCACUAUUUCAGUGUGUCUCUUUUUCUGGUCAUGAACACAAAUCAGACUCCCUCUAACAGUGUUUCUGCCCUCUCAGCUAACAGAUGAGUGGUUACAGAUCUAAAUUAAAUAUUUGUCUAUGAAUGUACUUACUUACUACACAUGUUUACACCUAAUGCUAUCAAGACCCAUCUCUAAGUAAGUCUAGAGAAUAUAGGUAUUUUAGAGGCUGUCCCAUUGAAUAUCAAAAGGUCUUUAUGAUCAAAUCCUAUUUUUAUGUUCAUAAAUGGACAUAACAGUAACUUGCCCCUUUGGUGCAGUGUUUCUUACUUGGUGCUUUGCUCAGGGUUUUGGGGUGUCUGCUCCAUGCAGCUUGAGGAGUGUUUUAUACUUGUCAGUUGUUACAGAGCGCCAUGAUUAUUUGCCCACUCUGCUCCUUCUGCCACAGUCAGUCUUUACGGCGAAAAUAGUCUCACAAAUAUCAUCUGACAAAAGCAGAAUAAUGUCUCCAAACAUGACGUCUGGAACAAUUUGUGUAAACAUCUAACAGUGUACAAACAGAGCAGAUACAUUACAGUCAAGCUGUGUGCAUGUCAACCGAAACACUUGACUCACUGCUUUGCCUUUAGUUUGAAAUGAGGGAGUAGCGUCGUCCCAGCAUACAACCCUCCACCAAGGCUGUGUUCUCCAUGCCUACAAAAGCAGAGUCCUCGGGUUAACUCUUGUUGGCUUCCUGGUAUCCAGCAUGACACUAGACACUAGAAAGCUGCACAGCUGAGCAGAAGAUCCCCCAUGUGGAGCAAUCCCCAUAAUGCUCAACUUAAGUAGACAGCACUUGCAGGAGGAGAGGCAAGAGGGGCAGGGGAACACUGCACACAUCAUAUAUGCAUUACCUAGACAGAAGUUGCUCAUCUCAAAUCAAACAGCCAAGAUGAGUCUUGUUUCUGCAGAUGAAAUACACGCUGAACAAAGAUUGUUUCAUAGUUUUGCUGUAUUCACUGGGUUGUUCGCUCGGCUGCAUUGUGUUUGGGCGGGAGCUUAGAUAGUGUCACUUUGUUCUGAUUCAUAUUAGCAAAACAGAAACAAUUCAACGCUACAAAAUCAUACUUUUGUUGUAUUUGUAUUUCCUCUUGGACUCUGAUUUAGUGAAGAAUGUAUGACAACCACACUGCUUCAUAAUCGUGCUGUAAUGCUUUGUUGCAUCUGUUGCUGGGUAAGAAUUAGGAAUCCCAUUAAAGUCUGUCAAGAAAGUAAAGAAUAGUUACUAAAGAUGUGCUUUGUAUUAGCGCAGACAUACUGGAACUGUUACCAGUAGAAGAGACUCAUGCUGGUGUUUAUUUCCUCAUUGUUCAUUCAAUCAUUACUCUGAUCACUGGAAAUUGUUGUCUCUUCUGAUAUCUUAAAUGCCACAUUAUAUCUGUGAGAUCUCUGGGUUGGGGGUGGGUGCCAUACUUGAAAAAUGAAAGAGAUUCCUGCUUUCAUAAUAUUUCAGAAGGCAAACGCAUUGUAAUGUUCUUCAGUGCACAAAAAUCUACAAUGCAUGCAUCAUCAGUAAUGUUCUGUUUCAUCUUUAUUUCGAUAUUUCUACGGUAAAGAAACUGUCAUUUUGAAAUUGUUUCAAAUAAAUGUAUUUUUGUACAUCAUGCAUUUGUUUUCUGAGUAAUGAACUUCCUGUGAAGUGAAGGGUGCAAAGAAGAUGAUGUUCUCUGAAAAUUGCACUGCUCGCCUGAUGGCUCAAUGUACCAGUUUCAAUCUGGAGUACAAAAGCAAAGAGGUUAGGUUAGCUUCCUGCUCCUCUA